CGGUGUCGCGGCCCGGGCGCAGACCGGCCCCGCUCGGUCCCCCGCAGCUGGCACCGCUGGCGCAGCUGGCGCGGCCCCGCAGCAGCAAUUUGGAUGGUUGAUGGCCAGAGAAGGGGCAAGCAGGAGGCUGAAAUGAAUGGGAAUGUCAUCCUGGAGGAAAUUCUCAUUAAAAGAUCUCAACAGAAGAAGAAGACAUCCCCUCUGAACUACAAGGAGAGGCUUUUUGUGCUCACGGCAUCCCUGCUGACGUACUACGAAGGCCGAGCGGAGAAAAGGCACCGGAAAGGCUUUAUCGACGUUUCCAAAAUCCGGUGUGUGGAAACCGUGAAAAGUGAUGAUGGAGCACCCCCCUGCCAGAACCAGUUCGCAUUCCAGGUUGUGCACGACGCUAACACCCUCUACGUCUUUGCACCCAGUGCCCAGAGCAGGGACCGAUGGGUGAAGAAUCUCAAAGAAGAAAUAAAGCACAACAGCAACAUCAUGGUGAAAUAUCACCCCAAGUUCUGGGCGGAAGGCGUCUACCAGUGUUGCAGACAAACAGAAAAGUUAGCACCUGGAUGCGAAAAAUACAAUCUUUUUGAGAGUAGUAUAAAGAAGACCCUGCCUCCGGCUCCACAGAAACACCAGAGAAGGCCUCCACCCCCACUCCCACCAGAGGACGAAGGUGGCGGGGAAGAAGUCGUCAUCGCCAUGUUUGAUUUCCAAGCCACCGAGGCACACGACCUGCGCCUGGAGCGGGGGCAGGAGUACAUAGUGCUGGAGAAGAGUGACGUGCACUGGUGGCGAGCCCGAGACAAGUUUGGAAGCGAAGGUUACAUCCCAAGUAACUAUGUCACAGGAAAGAAACCCAACAACCUGGAACAGUACCAGUGGUACUGCCGGAACAUGAACCGCAGCAAGGCAGAGCAGCUCCUCAAGAAAGAGGAUAAGGAAGGAGGCUUCAUCGUGAGGGACUCCAGUCAGCCGGGCCUGUACACCGUCUCCCUAUACACCAAGUUUGGAGGGGAAGGCUCGUCAGGCUUCCGCCAUUACCACAUCAAGGAAACGGCCACGACUCCCAAGAGGUACUAUCUAGCAGAAAAGCACUCGUUUCCCUCCAUCCCCGAGAUCAUCGAGUAUCACAAGCACAACGCAGCAGGUCUCGUCACGAGGCUGCGGUAUCCGGUGAGCAUCAAGGGGAGACAUGCUCCGACCACAGCGGGGUUCAGCUACGAGAAGUGGGAGAUCAACCCCUCGGAGCUGACCUUCAUGAGAGAGCUGGGCAGCGGGCUCUUUGGGGUGGUCCGGCUCGGCAAGUGGCGGGCUCAGUACAAAGUGGCCAUCAAGGCCAUCCGUGAGGGGGCCAUGUGUGAGGAGGACUUCAUAGAAGAAGCCAAAGUCAUGAUGAAGCUGACUCACCCCAAACUGGUGCAGCUGUAUGGUGUGUGCACACAGCAAAAGCCCAUCUACAUCGUCACGGAGUUCAUGGAACAUGGCUGCCUGCUGAACUACCUGAGGCAGAGACAUGGGCGCUCCAGCCGGGAUACCCUGCUGAGCAUGUGCCAGGAUGUGUGCCAGGGCAUGGACUACCUGGAGCGGAGCAGCUUCAUCCACCGAGAUCUGGCCGCCAGGAACUGUUUGGUGAAUGACUCCGGCGUGGUCAAGGUGUCUGAUUUCGGCAUGGCCAGGUAUGUCCUGGAUGACCAAUACACCAGCUCAUCCGGAGCCAAGUUUCCUGUGAAGUGGUGCCCGCCCGAGGUCUUUAACUACAGCCGCUUCAGCAGCAAGUCGGAUGUCUGGUCAUUCGGGGUGCUGAUGUGGGAGAUUUUCACCGAGGGUCGGAUGCCGUUUGAGAAGAACACCAACUAUGAGGUGGUGAACAUGGUCAGCCACGGACACAGGCUGGCUCGGCCCCCACUGGCCUCCAGCGUAGUGUACCAAGUGAUGUUGAGGUGUUGGCACGAGAAACCGGAGGGGCGCCCUUCCUUCGAAGACCUGCUGCACACCAUCGACCAGCUGGUGGAGUGUGAUGAGGCUUUCUGAAGAACAGCGUCCCAGGGAGAAGCAGUAAUGAGCGAGCUGCCCACCGGGGCCCCGCGGGACACAGUUGAAGCAGAAAACGAGAGCCACAGACUGGGGCUCGGGGGGCAGCGGCCACCGCCUCCUCAGAUGCUCAGGGACCUCACCCAUGGGGCUGCCUGCCCUCUGCCCACGUGCCCUUGGCCCGCCCGAGGGACAAAAGGGCACCAUGAACAUUGGCCAGAAAAACGAGAGCUGG